UAGCAUAUAUCUAUUCUUUUUCAGAGUAUUGAGUAGAGUUAUUACAGAGUAUUGAGUAGAGUUCCCUGUGCUAUACAAUCAGUCCUUGUUGACUAUUUUAUAUCUAAUAGUGUCUAUAUGUUAAUCCCAAAUUCCUAAUUUAGCCACUGUCUACCUUUCCCCUUUGGUAACCGUAAAUUUGUUUUCUAAGUCUGUUAGUCUGUUUCUGGUUUGUAAAUAGGUUCAUUUGUAUUGUAUUUUAGAUUUCACACAGAAAUGGUAUCAUAUGAUAUUUGUCUUUCUCUAACCGAAGGAAGUAGAAUUUGAGCUAAAUCUUGAAAGAUGAAUAAUAUUCUAAGGUGAAGGUGGGAGGAAGAGCCUUACAAGAACACUGGACAAUGAAUGAUAAAAUGGAGGUAAGAGAAUAGAGCUGUGUACUGGAAAUGAGUAGGGCAGUGUGGUUGAAGUACCAGGCAUGUACCAGGAAGCAGUGAAAUAGGGCUGCAGAGGGAGUCCAGACCAGGGGAAGAGGACUGGCAUUUAAUAUAUUGGUAAUGGGAACCAAAAAUGUUUUUGAGGAACUACUAAACCAUGUGAAUUAGUAAACUAGGGGCAAUAUCAAUAAAUCUGGCAACAUUAUCAUAGAUAAUAUAGCAUAAUUAUAGCAUAAUGCCAAUGAAAUGACUAGCGAGAUCCUUUCAAAUACCCAGGCACCAACUACCCAGGUCAUGUGUGAUUGGAGAAGAGCUUAUGAAUUCAGGAGUUUUAUGGAGAAACUGAUUGAUUUAGGGAAACCAGAUUUCAAUCUGGGCAUAUUAGAGGAUAGCAGUAACUGUGAAGACAAGAAAGGAAGACAGGGAGAGGGAAAUGGAGUAUUUGAGAAGCUGGAUUGAGUGCAUAUGGAACAUUCAGGUGGAAAUGUGCUACACGCCAUUCAAAAGAAAAUAAGAGAAGUAGCUCAGGAGAGAGGUGGAGGUGGGGGUUAGUCACCUACACUGAAGUGAGUCAGCAAGUUCGGUCUGUCAUAAGCGUAAUAUAUGAACUCAAUAACAGGUUCUAAAUAUGUAACAAAUGUAACAAGGAAGACAGAUCUUAGACUCACCUUGGAAAAUAACACACACAAAAAACGCUGAGAUUAUUGGUAUUUAUAGCUCAUGUUUGUUUUACCAGCUGUUAAAGUCCCCAAACCCAAUACUUAUCCCAGACUGACCUCCUAACUGGCAGGAAGAAUUGUCAAAGGACACAUUCUUUCAUAGAAAUCUAAGUCGCCAGAUCUUUCUAGUCUAGAAUAGGAGAAAUACAAGAACUACACGACUAAGUAGAUUGUCAAUGUGCCUUGUGCUCGGUGGUGUCCGACUCUUUGUGAUCCCAUGGGCUGUAACCUGCCAAGGUCCUCUCUCGAUCGGAUUUUCCAGGCAAGCAUACUGGAGUUGGUCACCAUUUCUUUCUUCAGGGGAUCUUCCCCACCUAGGGAUCAAACCCGUUUCUGUCUUCUGCGUUGCAGGCAGAUUCCUUACCCGCUGAGCCAUCUGGGAAGCCCCAGCAGAUUAAGGCACAUCUUUUUGAUGGUGAAGGGAGGCACAUAGCCCUGAACCACAAUUCAGUUAUAGAUACUGAUGAUCGCUAAACUAAUUCAACUACUAAAACCACAGAAACGUUCCCAAAGAGGGGAUUCUGUGCCAGGGCAGAGGCCGCAAGCAAGGGAAAGGUUAAAGAGAAGAACGCGAGUCUCUGGAGUCAGACCAGUGACGCGGAUUGCGUAGCUCCCACUUGGAAGAUGGUUGUCGUCAUGUGGCAUACCGGCGGCAUUGCUCACCGCCGGCGGCCGCCUCCGUCAAUUCCAAUGCUGGGCCGCCAGCAGGCAGUGGAAGGGUCACGAGAAAGGAAGCAUGUGCGCAGAAAAGCCACUUGGGAGGAGCUGGGAGGCGGCUCCACGGGGCCGACUACAUGUCCCAUAAUUCAGCAUACAACGAAAACCGGCUCCCCGGGCGCCGCUGGAAGACUUGCAGCAUGGGAUCUGUGGUGAGCACCGUUCGCCCGCCCGCAGUCGGCCUUUGGUGGGGAGAUAUAUGGGGAUUGGCUAGUGAGAGUUCGAGUUCCGCCCACGGAUGGUGACGACAGGCGGCGGUCCUACUACUUAAGGCGUCGUGGCCUCGCCUGCCCCGCCUUAGCUCCCGCGCUAGAGAGAAACAUGUAUCGUUUCCGAUCACAGCUCUUCACGGGGAUUUCUGCUGCCGCCAUCGCCCACUCUUACCCGCGUCGCUUCUCGCCUCUGUUGUUAGCCGAAGACUCGCCUCUCAGCCGCCCGUCGCACAGACGCACGAGUAAAAAGUGCAGCUCCAUCGGCUGAUCCUCGCUAAGCUAGAGUUUAGGCGGCACCGGGCGUCCCACGAUGCCGAAGAAUAAGAAGCGGAACACUCCCCACCGCGGUGGCAGUGGUGGCGGCGGCUCAGGGGCAGCUGCAGCGACGGCGGCGACAGCAGGUGGCCAGCAUCGAAAUGUUCAGCCUUUUAGUGAUGAGGAUGCAUCGAUUGAAACAAUGAGCCAUUGCAGUGGUUACAGCGAUCCUUCCAGUUUUGCUGAAGAUGGGCCAGAAGUCCUUGAUGAGGAAGGAACUCAAGAAGACUUAGAGUAUAAGUUGAAGGGAUUCAUUGACCUGACGCUGGAUAAGAGUGCGAAAACAAGGCAGGCAGCCCUUGAAGGUAUUAAAAAUGCACUGGCUUCAAAGAUGCUCUAUGAAUUUAUCCUGGAAAGAAGAAUGACUUUAACUGAUAGCAUUGAGCGCUGCCUGAAAAAAGGUAAAGGUGAUGAGCAGCGAGCAGCUGCAGCAUUAGCGUCUGUUCUGUGCAUUCAGCUGGGCCCUGGAAUCGAAAGUGAAGAGGUUUUAAAGACUCUUGGACCAAUCCUGAAGAAAAUAAUUUGUGAUGGAACAGCUAGUAUCCAGGCCAGGCAAACAUGUGCAACUUGCUUUGGUGUUUGCUGUUUUAUUGCCACAGAUGACAUUACUGAGCUGUAUUCAACUCUGCAGUGUUUGGAAAAUAUCUUCACCAAGUCCUAUCUCAAAGAGAAAGACACUAAUGUUAUCUGUAGCACCCCUAAUACAGCACUUCAUAUCAGCUCGCUUCUGGCAUGGACAUUAUUACUGACCAUAUGCCCAAUCAAUGAAGUGAAGAAAAAGCUUGAGGUGCAUUUCCAUAAACUUCCAAGUCUCCUUUCUUCUGAUGAUGUGAACAUGAGAAUAGCUGCUGGUGAAUCUUUGGCACUUCUGUUUGAAUUGGCCAGAGGAAUGGAGAGUGACUUUUUUUAUGAAGACAUGGAGUCUUUAACUCAGAUACUUAGGACUUUGGCUACAGAUGGAAAUAAACACCGGGCCAAGGUAGACAAGAGGAAGCAGCGGUCAGUGUUCAGAGACAUCCUGAGGGCGGUGGAGGAACGGGACUUUCCAACAGAAACUGUUAAAUUUGGUCCUGAAAGGAUGUAUAUUGAUUGCUGGGUCAAAAAACAUACAUAUGACACCUUUAAGGAGAUUCUCGGAUCAGGAAUGCAGUACCACUUACAGUCAAAUGAAUUCCUUCGCAAUGUAUUUGAGCUUGGACCCCCAGUGAUGCUUGAUGCUGCUGCGUUGAAGACAAUGAAGAUUUCUCGAUUUGAAAGGCAUUUAUAUAAUUCUGCAGCCUUCAAAGCUCGAACAAAAGCUCGAAGCAAAUGUCGUGAUAAAAGAGCAGAUGUUGGAGAAUUCUUCUAGAUUUUUAGCAUUUGAAGACCACUUUCUAAUUUCCCUUUUUUUUUUUUUGGUAAUUUCUAAUGUAUUUAAUCUCUAGAAACAGUUUUUAUCUUUGUCAACAGAUAGCUUUUGUAGGAGGGGUUAUAUUAUAAUUUAAUGUAUAUAGUAUUACAGAUGGUAAGUCCUGUUUAUUGACUAUUCUUUGUAUAUAUAAUCACUAAACAUAAAUGAAGUAUUUGUAAUGUUUGGUCAUUUUCUAUUUAUGAAAAAAGCAAGCAUAAGGUAUUUCACUUGAUUUCAUGAUGAGAAAAACUGUUAGCCAAAGUUAAAUUUCUUAUGCUGUGAUUGUCAGAAAUACUGAUUAUAAUGAUAUAGAUACACAAAGUUUUAAACUUAAGAUCUUACACAGAUGAGUUCAGGAUACAAUUUUGGGAACUAGAUCUAGAAAAGCUGCUGUUACUUUCAAUUUUAAGUGGAACCUAAUAAUUUUACCACUGGGAUCAACAAAAGAAAUUAUACCAUGCGACCAUACAGCUGCACUUACGGGCCAAUCAGUCCAUCGGUUGUUCAUGAUGAAUUAAUAUAAGCCAGAAAAGUUGCUAACCUUGACCACUGAGGGCAGUAACACUAAUUUUAUUUGCUGUGUAAGACCUUGUGCUCUUUAUUUUGAAAUAAAGAUCUUUUCACACUAAAAGUGUUUCUUUUCUAAUAGAAGAAACAUUUAUGAGUUUAUGUAUAGAGUUCAAAAUGAUAAAAUGGGGUAGGGAGAGUAAAACAGAACUUCCUUUUGUAUAUUUGGAAACAUGAAAAUAAAUGAAAAAAGUGUAGCCAUA